AUGUCACUAAACUUGAGACCAUCCAGGCAGCUGUGAAAGAAGUACAGAAGUGUGUUGGAGAAAGUGGGCUGACCCUUCUUAUCAACAAUGCUGCCAUUCGAUCAUUCAAUGAUCUAGAAAAUGAAAAUGCCAAGGUUAUGAUGAAGGUGUAUUCCGUCAAUACUAUUGGGCCCCUACAAAUGAGUCAGGCCUUUCUGCCCCUGCUGAAGAAGGCGGCCCAGAGAAGUCCCAAGAAAGGCAUGAGCUCCAGCAAGGCAGCCAUUAUCAAUAUCUCUAGCAGUGCAGGCUCAAUCGAACUUAUGUUUCUUUGGGAAAUGUUCAAAAUGAUUGGCUACCGCUGCAGUAAGGCUGCUUUGAACAUGCUCACCAAAUGCCAGUCACUUGACUAUUCAGCCCACGGGAUUCUGUGUGUAGCCAUCCAUCCUGGCAGGGUGAAAACGUCUGAAAGGGAUGCGGAUAUAUCUGUGGAAGAGAGCACCCAAGGUAUCGUGACCGUGCUGUCCAUGCUUUGCGAUGAGGACAACGGGACCUUCGUGGAUUGGUUGG